GGGCGGGUGGGCGGAGAGCGCGGAGGGGCGAGGCCCGGCUACAGGGGCCGCUCUGCCCAGAAGGAGCCCGCGCCCCGCUCCGCCUUGCAGCCCCACGCCCUGAGCAUCUCCCCGGAGGAACAGAGACAAAGGAGGAUUCAUGUCCAAAGGGCUCCCAGAGGCCAGGACGGACGCAGCCAUGUCAGAGCUGGUGCCUGAGCCCAGGCCUAAGCCGGCAGUGCCCAUGAAACCCGUCAGCAUCAACUCAAACCUGCUGGGCUACAUUGGCAUUGACACCAUCAUUGAGCAGAUGCGCAAGAAGACCAUGAAGACUGGUUUCGACUUCAACAUCAUGGUGGUCGGUCAGAGCGGACUGGGCAAGUCAACGCUGGUCAACACGCUCUUCAAAUCCCAGGUGAGCCGAAAGGCCUCCAGCUGGAACCGAGAGGAAAAGAUUCCCAAGACGGUGGAGAUCAAAGCUAUUGGGCAUGUGAUAGAGGAAGGCGGGGUCAAAAUGAAGCUGACCGUCAUCGACACCCCGGGCUUUGGAGACCAGAUCAACAAUGAAAACUGCUGGGAGCCCAUUGAGAAGUACAUCAAUGAACAGUAUGAGAAGUUCCUGAAGGAGGAGGUCAACAUCGCCAGGAAGAAACGCAUCCCGGACACGCGUGUCCAUUGCUGCCUCUACUUCAUCUCCCCCACGGGGCACUCCUUGCGACCUCUCGAUCUGGAGUUCAUGAAGCACCUCAGCAAAGUUGUGAACAUCAUCCCCGUCAUUGCUAAGGCUGACACCAUGACCCUGGAGGAGAAGUCUGAAUUCAAGCAAAGGGUUCGAAAGGAGCUCGAAGUGAAUGGCAUUGAGUUCUACCCCCAGAAGGAAUUUGAUGAGGAUUUGGAGGACAAGACGGAGAAUGACAAAAUCCGGCAGGAGAGCAUGCCUUUCGCUGUGGUGGGAAGCGACAAGGAGUACCAAGUGAAUGGCAAGCGAGUCCUCGGCAGAAAAACUCCCUGGGGGAUCAUUGAAGUGGAAAACCUCAACCACUGUGAGUUUGCCUUGCUUCGAGACUUUGUCAUCAGGACCCACCUCCAGGAUCUCAAGGAAGUGACACACAACAUCCACUACGAGACCUACAGGGCCAAGCGGCUCAAUGACAAUGGAGGCCUCCCUCCGGGAGAAGGCCUCCUGGGCACUGUCCUUCCACCUGUGCCAGCCACCCCCUGCCCCACUGCUGAAUGAAGGCCAUUUCAAGCGCUGCUUCUCCCUCCAUUCCUCCCAGCUGUUAUUGCUGCAGGGCUAUGCCCUUUUUAGAGCUGUCCUUGCCCAGCCCACCACCACCACAGCCCCUCUCAGCUCUCAGCAGGUCGGAGGGCCCAGCUAUCUCUUUAGGACAGUUGCUUCCCCCCUGUAUCCAAACCACCCCCCCCCCAGUGGAAUGGGGUUCUCGCCAGCACGGCCCUCGUCCAUCGUCUGUGUCAGCCGGUCCCAACCCAUCCGUAGGGGGAAAGAACUCAUCAAGAGCUCCUUCUACCCUUGCAAACCCAUACCAGCUACUUGUAACCAUCUCCAAGGGGAAAUGGCAUUGCUCCCUGUCCAUUCAUCUGCAUGAGCUACUCUUGGCUUCCUUCAAGGGUCAAGAAAGCAACUUUUCUGCUUGUCAGAUUUGUUGAGGUCAGCCGUGUGAGCCCCAGUGUGGGACAAGGGUGUCUCCUUCAUUGCUUAAAGUUUAUUUCUAAUGAUGGGUCACUACAGAUGUGGGGGAGCCAGGCCUAGGGUCACUUUAAAAAAAAUAGCCAUUUGUGGCUGGCCCCAGAGUUCAGCUUCAUGCCCUCCCCACCCUGUAAUGCAUCCGCUUAGAAAGAGUGGUUUUCCUGAAGAGACGUUUCUGGAAUUGACUUCCUUACUCUCAAACUUAAAAAAAGAACUAAACACAGACACGAAACUCCAGAAACCCAUGGGAUGUGAACUCUAGGAAGAAAAAAAAGCACGCUUCUGUCCACUUAGCAAUAAGAGGGAUCUCUUCCCACCUACUCUGACUACUCCUGCCCCAACCUCCACCCUGCUAAUGUGAGUAAUGAAUUAGCCUGGCCACAGUUGGUCACUGUAGGCUAGUGGAAAAUACCCAGUGGAGGGCAAAGCCCCCCAUCAGAUGCAUGAAUGUUUGCGAAUGUUGGCUGCCACUGCCCCACAUACUGUGUCUGUAUGGGAUUCUCCCUCCCCCGCUCCCCCUUUCCCCCACUGUCUCCACCUGGACACUACUUUCUCAAAGGCUGGUGACUUGUGGGCCAUUCAUCUACAACUGAGUCCUGAUGGAGCAAGAGGCCCAAGCCUAGGGGAUGCAAGAACGACCCAUUUCUUAAAUGUUACCAGUCCCAGCCAACUUUUGGGUGACAUUAUGGUUAAAUUUCCCAAUUGAAAACAAGCCAACAGACCCUAAAACUGGUUGUGUAAAUGUUGCUAGACUUUAUGUGUUGUACAACUAAACAUUGCUGUUGGAACA